UCAGAACCAUGGGCUCCUUGCAUUGCAACGUCGCCGCCUCCCCGUCCUUCUCUAGCACCGGGAGCAGCAGCGGCGGCGAUAACGUCGUCAGCAGAGAUGGCAGCGUCAGGAUAUACGCGUGCUUUGCGCACGGCAGCAACAACAGCCUGGAGUGUUACGAGCCUGGUGCCAACACAUGGCGCCGCGUGGGCGCGCUCCCGGGUGUCCCUGACGGCCACAUACUGAAGGGAUUCGCUGUCGUCGCGCUGGGCGAAUCCGUGUAUGUUAUCGGCGGCCGGCUGUGCAAGAGGGAGCGUGGCGCCGCCGCCGGCGUGUACCACGACACCGACGUCAGCGUGAGGGCAGACGUGCUCCGGUACGAAGUGCGCCGAGGGGAGUGGCAGCACUGCGCGCCGCUCCUGCUCCCGCGCUUCGACUUCGCGUGCGCGCCGUGCCGGGGCAGGAUCUGCGUGGCCGGCGGGCAGUGCUCGCUGUCCGGCGCCCGGGGUACGGCGGCGGCGGAGGUGUACGACGAGGAGAAGGGCCAGUGGUCGGCUCUCCCCAACAUGAGCACGAUGCGCUACAAGUGCGUCGGCGUGACAUGGCAAGGCAGCUUCCACGUCGUCGGGGGCUUCGCAGAGAGCACGUUGACGGCCGGUGACGCCCUUCUGACGCCGGGAACCACCGUGCUACAGUCGUCGGCGCUGGAGCGGAGCUCGGCGGAGGUGUUACACUGCUCGAGGGGCACGUGGGAGAUCCUUCCGGGGAUGUGGCAGCUCGACGUGCCCCCGAACCAGAUCGUGGCGGUGGCGAACCGGCUGUUCAGCUCCGGCGACUGCCUCAACUGCUGGAAGGGCCACGUCGAGGUCUAUGACGGCGAGCUCAAUAUCUGGAGCAUCUGGGACCACUCCGCACUGCCAGACCUGUCGCUGCUGGCCAACCUCCCGUCGUCGGCUCAGCGGCUCUACCUCACCAUGGCCGCCGUCGGCACGCAGCUCUAUUUCCUCGCCGGGUACCAGGUGCCGUCCAGCAACGACAGCUUCAGAACAGUCUCGCUAGUGCACAGCUUCGACACCAACGCUCCGCCAGGGUUGGAGCCAGCAUGGAGCAGCUUCCAACCCAAAAUGGAGCCGGAUGACAUCGAGGACGAGAGCAAGGAGCUGUUCAGCCAGUGCUGCUCGGUGCAGCUCUCCAGCUAAUCACACAGAGUCACCACUCCGCCGCAUGUGCGUCAUGGUUUUCAUCGUAGCAUCAUGCAUUGUGUCUCAUCUGUAGACCUGCUAUUAAUCUGGUACUUGUGCUCCUG